AUGACUACCCACAGAUCUCAUCAGUGGAUGCAAUGGCUUCACCAAGUUGAGUGGUGGUAUAACACCAACUAUCACACUGGCCUUGUAUGUAGUCCCUUCGGAGCUCGAUAUGGUUAUUCUCCCCCUCAACUGUCUAUGGGACCACUGUUGGAUAGUGUUGUGCCUGCUGCUGAAGAUUUGGUUAUGAAGAGGCAACAAAUGCAACAAAUUAUUAAGGAUAACUUAUGCAAGGCUCAAGAAAGGAUGAAGCAUUGUGAUGGUUUGCAUAGAUCAGAAAGGGAGUUUCGAGUUGGUGAUCUGACAUAUCUCAAACUCCAACCAUACAGGCAGUCCUCUAUUUCUUUGAGAAAAAAUUUGAAGCUCAGCUCCAAAUACUAUGGUCCAUACAAGAUUUUGGCUUAG